AGCCAAUAGUAAUAUAGAUUUGAGGAAAUACUCCUACACCCAUAUAUCUCUCUUGACCAGAAACUAUUGCACGCUGGUGGAGUUUUACACAUCUACAUUCAUGAUCUCCGAGGUGUCAGUGCUGUACUUCGCCAAAGGUGCUGAAUUAACGGGGCUCAAGUCAGAGACCGUCAAACUUCCAUCAGAAUUGACGACUCUUCAGCUGUGGCAAGAACUAGAAGGAAGGCAUCCAAAACUGUCCGUGAUACGGGAGCAGGUGGUCCUGGCUGUGCGUCAAGAGUACGUGGCUUUGGGUGACCAGUCUGUGAGUUUACGCGACGGGGACGAAGUGGCAGUCAUCCCGCCACUUAGCGGGGGUUAAUCAUCGAGCCCAG